AAGCAUACGCUGAUCGAGAGGAGUUCACAGACCGCAGGGCUAGCUACAAGUGAGAGAGAAGAGUGAGAGAGAGAGAGAAAGAAAUACAACAAAAUCAACACUGUUCAUUGACGCAAGGUUUGCACUAACAGGAAGAAACCAGACUGCAUGCAUGGCUGAAGGAAGUGUCGCUGUAUCUGACAGCAGCUCACCCCGUCUUCUUGAGGCUCCACAUACAACUCGUCCCCGAUCCUGGACAGAGAGUGGAUGGCUUUUCCCAGCACUGUGCGUAAGAUGUGAGGAACGCUGCCGUGUUCUCACUCUCCUCCCAUCAGAGGUGAUAUAAGCAGCUGCUGAAGAAGAGGUGUUUACUAGAACAGGCUUGUGUGCCCAAACAGUGGACAUUUCGAGAAAGAGAGACACUUUUACAAGAAGCAAGAGGAGCUAUGUAAAAAGCUUGUUUUUCAAGAGAGAAGAACUUUUGUUGCACAAUUUGAGGACUGUUGAAUGAGUGGAUGUAAACUGACAGCGAGGCAAAUUCGAGAAGAAGCAACAGGAAGAUAAGCGGUAAAACGUGGGCCUCUGUUUGAUUUUGUGGUGAGGAACUGUUCGCGCGAUGAAAAGAGAUCCGAAAACUUGGCAAGAGCAAGCCAACCCUCGCCGGAGUCUUUUCAGCCAAAGCUGUAUUAAAGGAGAGAAAUGAUCACAGCACCGGUGCAUUUUUCUGUCUUGGUAUCCAGCCUCAACGAAACGCAGCAGUGAGUAGAAGCUAUCCUUGUUGUGCUGGAUGUGCUACAUUGUUCACAUGUGUCCCAGUGAAACCAGGAUCUGACACACUGAAGAUUUGUUCCUAGAUGUCUCAGUCACCUCAUUCAACAGACAGCCAGGCCGUGUUGCAGUCUAUGCUGCAGAGACUGAAGCUUCAGUCAGGAAGAGAGGGCCAGGCGCAUUUUCAAACACCUGUAUCCUCUUCUGCAGCUCCGGCUCUGGGCCAAAAUGGUCAGAGAGGAGCUGCCAGCCUCCAGGGAGUUCCCAGCAGUCCUGUGGAUGUGCUUAGUUUUAACGGGUACCCUUCAAAGGAGUUCCCAAUCUCAGCCACGAACAGUACCUCUGGCUUCCUAAGGGAUGAAAAACACCAAGCAAGUCCUGCUUUGGAAGGGAGCAGGAGUCCAACUUUCUUCCCUUCACAGAAAGUCGGCCCCAAUGGAGACUCGGGCAAGAAGUGGGAGCUGGGAGAGGCUCCCGGCCCUGGGAUCUCCCCAACAAGUACAAGGCCGCUUUUUCCUACUAAACCACAAAAGGAGAUUAAACUCACUUUCUUUAAGAGGACAGAUACAGAGAGUGAGAACAUUGGGAGCUACUUGAUGAGAGAAGACGUCCCUGCUAAAACCAGUGCUGGUUUGAACAUGAUGGAAAACCAGAACCACGUCCCGGCGUGGUCCGUGAACAGCACAGACGCUGGCUUAGCUGGUGGGGGAAAUAUAGGAUCCCAUGUUGGAAACGGAGGAUUCAGCAGCUUGCAACAAAAUAACGACUUGCAGGUCUUUUCAAACAGCCAAGUGGCAACAAACAUGAGGAGAAAACGAUCAACUGAGAAUAAAACGAGAAGAUGGACGCAGAAGCUCAAGGAGAGAUUUAAGGACAGACAUGGGAAUGCUGAGAAAAAGGGAAAAGAAGACGGACUUCCUGGACAAGAAACGCAAGUAAUAAUGCCAGAUACACCAGGCAACAAACCAAAUAAUGAUCCAGAUGCAGCCUUCUCUCCUUCGGACUGCACUGAUUCCAGCAAAUUGCAUCCUGCACAAACAGAAGACAACACUACUGCGAGCAACAUCAGGCGUACCAGUGACUUUGACAUCGGCUUGGGGUCAUUCAGCCUUCUGGACGAGAUAACCAAUGGUCAGGAGUGGGCUAAGUUUUUAAACCCAAACCUCUCCACAUCUUCAGUAAUUGAGAGACCAUCAGAGGAGCCAUCAAGCCAACCCCACAUCCAGCCACAGCCUCACAGUCUUAAUCAGUCACCAGGAACUUUGAGUCAGGUUGAAGUUGGGAACAACCAGUGGAGCUUCAGGAGUACAGAGUCCUCACCUGGUCCAGUCUUCAGCAUGCCACAGUCAGCCCCUGUUUUCCCAGCUGCAAAUAUGGACACUUCAGCGUUAAAGCAGCCGGCUGACCAGUUGGAGCCAAUGGAAGAUGGACAAAGCCGAUCGGAAAUGCUGUCCAAACUCCAGCUUAGGUUGUCAGCGUUUGCAGAGCCAUCAGAUAAUCCUUACCAUUCAAUAGCAAGAAACAGAAUCCAGAUGAGCAGAAAGAGGCAACAUCAGCCGGCUGAAAGGAAAGAGGAGAGAUUUCAGACUGAGAAAAUGAGUGAUGGAGGAAAGACAGAUAAAGGGCCCAUACCUUCACCAUCCCCAGCCAGCAUCCAAAUGAUGGAAGAGUCAGUGGAGUCACAGCAGAGAAACAUCUCAUCUUCACAAGAGCAAAGGUCUCUUCCUGUCUCUCUGUCUCCAACAUCGCUGAGUCCUUCUGCUCCGCCUCCCCGGGGUGUGCUCAGAAACAACAUGUCCCAUGAAGCCGAAUCCGCAAUGGAGACUAUGACAAAACGGAGACGGGUCGAGGAGAACCGCCGGGUUCAUUUUUGCGAGCAUGUGACUUCCAUAGAGUCGCCGGACAUCAUGGACGAUACGGUGGAAGAGGAGGGUGAGGAGGAAGAUUUGGAAGCAGAUGAGGACUCGUUAUUCGAGUCGGACUUUGAGCCAGUACAUGCAGAAAUAGAUGAAGUGUUGCCAGCCCGUCGUUCAAAUCUCCCUGCUUGGAUACAGGCCCUGAAGAGGAUGAAUGCUGGGAAAAAGCACAGAUAGUGGCUGUAGGACAGAGAUGGAUAAGUAAUGUUUAAAAAAUAAAUUAUUAAAACCAUCAUAUUUGAGGAGAGUUUGUCUCCAAAACAGAUUUAUCUGCCUGUGAAGGUGGCAGAGUUUUUAAAGUGGUUUGAAACCACUGGUAUGGGACUCUUUGGUUACAGAAAUUUCUGCCAUUAUAUGCAUUUUUUCCAGCCACACAUGGAAACCAUAUAUAUGAAUAUUCCUACAGAAUGUGUCAAAUAUCUCUGGACACUUGCAUUGUCCUGCUCAGAACCUGCUUUGUUAACAAGCAUUCGAUCAGACCAUAUGCGUCUAGCAAUAAAGUUUAAAUGAAAUGAUUGAAAUGUUUUUCUGCCAUCGUUGCAGAGUUUUUGUGUGUUGUGUUUCAUUAUUCUCCUACUGAACAGCAGCUGAUUGCUGUCUGAUCUAAUGUCUCUGCUGCUGACUCCCACACAUAAACCUGCCUGUCUGCGAUGAUUCUUUACCAGACAGUCAGAGCAAUUCGCUGCCAAGAGACGAAAACCUUAUCAGAUUAAGAUAAGAAGAACAAUGAUUCUAAUCAACAUCUGUGCAACUCAGCCAUUUGCUUCCAAAGUGAAGUUUAAAAUUAAAAUUUAUAGCUGCAUUAAAAAGGGCCAAACGUAACAAGGAGUAAAUAUUUUGGAAACCCUCUGAAUUGAGAAAAAUAAUAGAAGGGUUUAUAAUCUGACAUGAUCCGCCACUUUUGACCAAAUCACUGAAAAAAAUAAGAAAUCUGAUACAAUUUUGAAGAGCUGCUGUCUGUAUCUGCACAACAUGCUGUCUAUGUCUGUAUUAUCUGACAUAGACUCAUUUUAAUGCUUCAGCUGGAGCAGCUGGGUUCUUAUUUUUAACAAAAAUCCAGAGCAAUUAACCAUAAAAUAGAAAUAGUGUGUAAUGGGUAAAAACAAACUUUAAAUGUUCGUAUUUUUAUGGCAAUUUAAAUCAAAUUAAUACUGACCAAUGAAUUGUGAUUAACCUUGGUCAAGAUCACUGCCUGCUAUGGCAAACCCCCCACUUUAUAGCAAGCUGGCUGAGCAAACUACUCUUCAUGUUCAUUUGUUAUCGCAAUGUGUUAAAAAUUAUGGAAAAUAAAGAUAUUGGAUUAAGAAAAGAAAGCAAGAAGUGUGAUGCAUGUC